AUUACACAUACAGAUACCUUAUCAUCCCGCAUCUCUCUCUCUCUUUCUCUCUUUCUCUCUCAAAAGGAAAUUGUUUGAGAGGCUGAGUGAUCUUUUUCCUUCUUUUUUUUUUUUUUUCUCUCUUCUUCUUUGUUUAUAUUUGUAUGGUUGUUUUGUUUGAUUUUCUUUGGCAUGUUUCUUACAUGAAGAUCAUAUCAUCUUGUUCAGUUCUAAGCUAGUUGAAUAUAAAUUCUACUUAAUUUGUUUCUUUAUGAGUUUUCUUAAAAACAAAAUAUUGUCUCUUGGGUUGAAGCCAAACAAGGAAGGAACCAUGUCAAUAUAUGAUGAAAGUUAUUAAGAAAUAAUUUUUUUUUUUUUUCUUUCUUCUUCUUCUUCUUUGCUAGGUUUACUUUGUGACUUUUUCUUGUCUUUAGAUCUUAAAACUUAAGCCAGCUUGUUAUCAAGAUCUAUAUGCAAAGUUGGUCAUGAGUUUUAGAAUUUCUUUAGCUUAGAGAAGAAGAUGAUGAAAGGUUUGAUAUUCCACCAGCAACAACAACAAGUUUUAGAAGAAAACAUGUCUAAUUUGACUUCAGCAUCUGGUGAUCAAGCUAGUGUUUCUUCAGGAAAUCCUCAACAAUACUUUGCUUCACCACCACCAUCUCAAGUUCAACCACCUGCUAAAAAGAAAAGAAACUUACCAGGGAACCCAGACCCAGAUUCAGAAGUGGUGGCUUUGUCACCCAAAACGCUGAUGGCAACAAACAGAUUUGUGUGUGAGAUCUGUAACAAAGGGUUUCAAAGGGACCAGAAUCUUCAACUUCAUAGAAGAGGGCAUAAUUUGCCAUGGAAGUUAAAGCAAAGAACAAACAAAGAAGUGAAGAAGAAGGUGUAUGUGUGUCCAGAAGCAAGCUGUGUCCACCAUGACCCUUCAAGAGCUCUUGGAGACUUAACAGGAAUCAAGAAACAUUUUUGCAGAAAACAUGGAGAGAAGAAGUGGAAAUGUGACAAAUGCUCCAAGAGGUAUGCAGUUCAAUCAGAUUGGAAAGCUCACUCCAAGACUUGUGGCACUAGAGAGUACAGAUGUGACUGUGGAACCCUCUUCUCAAGGAGGGAUAGUUUUAUCACACACAGAGCUUUCUGUGAUGCUUUAGCUGAAGAAAGUGCAAGAGCAAUUACAGGAACAAAUAAUCCUGCAGUACUACUCUCUUCUCAACAUCAACCUGGUUCUAGUUCUUCCCAUCAUGUCAAUCACUUCGACCCACGAGACCUCCAAACUUUUGCACUUAAAAAAGAGCAACAAAGUUUUAGCCUAAGACAAGAAAUAAUACCACCAUGGCUUGCUACUAAUCAACCAAUUCCUGGCCCACCAAUUACACAAGGUUUAGAUCUCUCUUCAUCAUCAUCAUCAAUCUUUAACACUACUCAUCAUCAAGAGUUUAUGCAUCCAAACCCUAAUUCUAGUCUUGGCCCCACAUUUCCUCCAUACCACCAAACAGUCGCAGCAGCAGCAGGAGGCGCUUUAUCACCACACAUGUCAGCAACUGCAUUGCUGCAAAAAGCUGCACAUAUGGGUGCAACGAUGAGCAAUAACAAGACUAGUACUCCUGCACCUUCAUCACAAUCUCAUGGCAGCUUGAUGAAUAUUAGACCCCACCAUCACCAUCAUCUUCAACAGCAACAACAACAACAGCAAGCUCACGUGUGUGCAGAUUCUGCAAAUAACAUUACCACAACAGCUGGUUUUGGUCUCAAUUUGUCUUCACGUGAAGACCUUGGAAGUGGUGGCUCUGGCUCAUUUAUCCAUGGAUUAACACCCUUUGGGAAUAAAGCUGCAACUGCUCCUCCCACUGGAGGGGCCUCAGGGGCUUUUCUUCAAGAAAUGAUGAAUUCGUUGUCUUCAGCAGCUUCAUUCGAUGAUGUUUUUAAAGCUUCCGGCAAUUUCAAUGAAACAACAAGAAGUCAUAGUAGAAACGAUGAACAUCAUCAUCAAACCAGAGAUUUCUUAGGGCUAAGGCCACUCUCUCAAUCUGAUUUUUUCAACAUUGCCCAUCUUGGAAAUUGCAUGAACGCUUCUUCUUCUUCGUCCUCUCAUGAGCAACAACAACAACAACAACACACUCAUCACUCUCAGAAACCAUGGCAAGGUUAGCUCAUGUUUGUUUAUUUAUUAGGCUUUUAUCAAUUAAUUCUCUUUCUCACUUUGUCAUUUCAAGCUUCCAAAAUGGAAGGAAUCACUCAAAUUCUCAAUAUGAUGAUAUUAUUCAAUA